ACAGACAUACGGCAACACCCCGCUCCUUCGAGCGCCUGCAACGCUGCGCACUACGUUUAUUAGCGGCUCUAGAGCAUAUAACGACGACUUUUCUUCAGUUGGAGGUGCGAGGGCUUUUUUUAUUUUUUAUUUUAUUACCACGUUGACUCGAGCACUUGUGCGCCGGGCGGUGGAAAGAUGCGCGUUGAUGGUUCGGCGUAAAUGACGAUCUAGAGACAUACAUGACAUUGCACUCUGGGAAGGUCUGCGGAUAACAAUGAGCACCGUGUUUCACCAGCAGGCUGUUCACAGUCCCCUGGAGCAGCAGAAGGGACAGCGGCAGAGCGGCUCCAUCCCGUGUCAAAACUGUGGCAAGCCCUGCAAAGGCGAGGUGCUCCGGGUGCAGAACAAACACUUCCACAUCAAGUGCUUUGUCUGCAAAGUUUGUGGAUGUGAUUUGGCUCAGGGAGGGUUUUUUGUGCGUCAGGGCGAGUUUAUCUGCACUCUGGAUUAUCAGCGACUCUAUGGCACCCGCUGUUUCAGUUGUGAAGAGUUCAUUGAAGGGGAAGUUGUGUCCGCCCUGGGCAAGACAUACCAUCCGCGCUGCUUUGUCUGUGCCAUCUGCAAGCAGCCGUUUCCGGCUGGGGGCCGCGUGACGUUUAAUGGCAAGGAGUGCGUUUGUGAGAAAUGCACUCAGCCUGUGCCAGUCAACAGCACGGCUUCACCACAGGCUGUGCACAAUUGCUGCGGCUGUGGAAAGGAGUUUAAAAAUGAGCAGUCUCUGGUGGCGUUGGACAAGCACUGGCAUCUUGGCUGCUUCAAGUGCAAAGUGUGCAAUAAAGUGCUUAAUGCAGAAUAUAUCAGCAAGGACGGGAUCCCCUACUGUGAGGCAGACUACCACGCCAUGUUCGGCAUCCAGUGUGAAACCUGCAAGAAAUACAUCACUGGAAAAGUACUUGAGGCUGGAGAAAAACACUAUCAUCCCACAUGUGCCAGAUGUGCACGUUGUGACCAGAUGUUUGGGGAGGGGGAGGAGAUGUACCUGCAAGGUUCUUCCAUCUGGCAUCCUCCUUGCAGACAGGCAGCACGUAUGGAGGAGAAGAGUAAGAAACAGGUGCGGAUUCAGCUCAGUGAUCUCCAUUCCAAUGUACCUGAGCAGGUGACAAGAACAUCCUCUGAAAGCAUCACCUCUGCUCCUGCCUCCAGUGCAUCGGGCUCCCCUAGCAGAGUUAUCUAUGCAAAGCUGGGUGAUGAACUUCUGGACUACAAGGACCUGGCUGCUCUUCCUAAAAUCAAAGCGAUCUACAACAUUGACAGACCUGACAUGCUCUCAUACUCGCCCUAUGUGAGCUACCCUGUGGAGGACAGGACUUUUGGAGAGUCACCCCAGCAACUCACCCCUACUCCAACUGAGGGAGAUGGGGAAAAGUCUCCUCGGCAGAGGAGGCCCUCCAGCCCAAGCUCCAAUAGCUCUUUAGGGGGUUAUGGCCGCUAUACGCCUUCCCGCUCGCCUCAGACCUACAGCAGACCAGAGCAAUUUCUGAGUGUCAAAUACACCACUCAUCCAGAAAAUUCCAACUUGUUGCCUGUUCCAACUUCGGGGAGGAGUAGUGCCCAUGGUUGUGCCAGAGGCUCCUCCCCACUGCCUUUGUACAGCGGCAGUGGUAGAAACACACCACAGGCAGGGAGUGGUGGCGUGGCCCUGCCCCUCAACCCCACUACUCUGGCUUUGCUCCAACAGCACAACUACAUCCCUUACUUCAGAGGUAGUGAAAGCGGUCGGAGUACCCCUAGUCUCUCCACCUACUCUGAUGGCAAAUCUCCUUCCUCUACAUAUGUGGCGGCCCCACGGCAUUUCCAUAUCCCAGAGACUAAAGUCAAAGAUAAUAUCUAUAGAAAGCCCCCUAUCUACAAACAGCAUGCUUCCAGAACCUCCUGGCAAGAUGGUGAAGAUGUAGACAGAAAGACCAGAACAAGUUGGAUGAACCUCAAGAGUGAGAUGGAUGUACAGUCUCCAGAUCUGGACCCCAGGACCUCCACCCACAGCUUACCCACCGAUAUGUCUCAGCCUAACUUCCCAUACAAUAAGUCUGCUUCGCUGCCAGGAUAUGGGCGGAAUGGAAUAUACAAGGCGGCUGAUCUUGGCGAAGAUGAUGGCGAUCAUGACUCUUCCUGGAGUGGAAUGAGAGGUGAGAGUGUCUAUCCCUAUGACAUGCUAGCUGUGACCCACAGAGUCCGAGCAAAGCUACCACGGGAUGUGGACCGCACCAGACUGGAGAGGCACCUGUCACCUGAGGACUUCUACAGCGUAUUUGGGAUGACCAUUGAACAGUUUGACCGUUUGGCCUUGUGGAAGAAAAAUGACCUUAAGAAGAAAGCCCGCUUGUUUUAAAUCCCGCCGAAUCGCUUGAAAGAAAGCAAAGAUAAAGAGAAAACCUCUUCUCAUCCAUCCUGUGCGCAUGGAGGAUGAGUGUGAGAGAAAUAUAUAUGCACCUCGGUUCUGCUGCAUAGCUACUGUCAUCCCAUCUCACACUGAGGAAGAGGAAGCGCUUUCACAAUGCUGUUUGCCACCUAGCUUUGUUCGUGAACGCCACGCCACAUGGUCUGAAUGUCACUCUGAUGACGGAGAGUCAGAACGAAAUUCUCUCCAAAUCUUGUUUCUCUCUUUGAUUGUCUUUGAUCUUGCUCCCUCGUCUGUCUUUGUGGUUACUGCAUUGUAUUCUCUCUUUGUGGAAAAAGCACUCAAUAUUGAUAUAAGCCACUUUCUUUACAUUUUAUACUGUUGCGAAACAAGGCCAAGCAGCUUUCCUUGUACGUCUUUUUGCUAUGUAAUAAUAUCCGUCUUCCCCUGUCCCCUUGUCUUUAUUUUUGACUGCAAUGAAUGUUGUUCAACGUUUUGGUCUUGUCCAUGUCUACUCAUAUUGUUUCUUUCUCUCGUCUCUUCCUGCCUGUUCCUCGUCUUACCUCCUAGACAUGAUACUCAGCCACUGCUUGGACUGUAAUAUCUAUCAUGUAACAUCAGCUUUAUGGAAGCUCAUUCAUCCAUGGCUUUAGCAUGACCAGGCCAAAGACUCAGUCGGAGCUAGAAGUCAAAGCACCAUACACACGUGCACACGUGACCUAACCAGACGCAAUGCAAUAACACGACAAGAAAAAGCCUCCUCCUAACCGGCCUUGAUCGUGAGAAGCAAAGAGCGACAGGACACAACACAACAUCAUGCUGGGUAGCCCCGCCCACUGUGAAAUCUCAUUGGUUCCUCAGAACUGUACAACUCAUUGGGUGUGAUUUUGUCACAUCACGCAACAGUUUUCGAACGUGUCGUAUUGCGCCUGGUUAGGACACCAUGUUAGUUGAUAUGUUUAAUAAUCUUUACUGUUGCUCAAUGACUGUGAGUGCAAACAGCUGGUACAAUGCAUAGCUUUUGUGUUAUAUUAUGUAUUUGUUUGCUUUAUCAGGUCAGUGUGCAAUUGAUCAGAUGUCAUUAUCAUGAGAUCCCAGUUAUUCAAUAAGACAUUUAGAGUUGUUCUAAAAUGAUAUCUAGACAUCACAUACUCUCCAUAUAUAUUGUGCACAGUACUAUGGUUAUAAACUUUAUCAGCCAGACAUUCUCAUUGUUUUAAUCCACACAAAUGAAAGUGCUCAAGGCAGAUUAAACCCUUAUUUUUGUAUGCAAUUUCUUUUUCAUACAGAUGUUUUUGCCAGAUACUUUAUUUUCCAUUUGCAUAUAAUUGCUACACUGACUUUAGCAUGGGGCCAUGCCAAAGUUAACAGAUUCUGUAGCAAUUAGCAAAACUAAUACAACACAACACUUAAUAAAGCAUGCAGUUCAGUGGCGCUUCAUUUAAAACCCAAAUAUGAUUGUUUUUCUUCUGCUUUUUUUGAUUGUUAAUAAAUGUGUGUGCAGUGUAUUGAUAUAAAUGUCUGUUACACUUAUCAUGUCACCUCGUAGGCAUGCACUGCAUUUACUAGAAGCAUCAUGUAAUGACUUCAUAAUGGACUUUUAAGAUUAAUCAUGACAUGUUGUUUGAUUUGAGACCUUAAAGUUUUUGAGAGAUUGUUUUGUUUCUUCAGACACAUUCUUAAGUCGAACCAUAUCUGUUCUAGGUUCUUUCUCUUAUGCCAGUGACUCAGAUUUGCAACAAAAAAAAAAAAAGAAA